AUGGGAAGGCGCAGAGCCCAGCAGCAGCGCAAGGAGGCCGAGGCGGAGGCGGCUGCACGGGGGGAGGGGGAGGAGCGGCGCCUCCGCGAGGCGAGUGCCCUGCGCAAGGAGGCCGUGGCGGCGUAUAAGAUGUAUCUCGAGGGCCGCCACGACGAGGCGAUCGCCCGCGCCGAGGAGCUCGCGACCAAGAACCCGGAGUCCGUUCCGAUGGUCCACCUCGCCGCGGGCCUCCACAACAACGCCUGCUCCCGCGCCGUCGCCUCCGGUGGCUUCGACUGCCAGUGCAAGGUCACGGCGAUGCACAUCGCCCGCGCGCGUGACUUCUACAUGCAGGCCAAGCUGCUCGCCCCCAACUGCAUCCAGAUCGCCACUGGCCUCGCCAUGGCGCUUCUCUUCAGCGACAAGGACUACGAGCCGGACCGCGAGAUCAAGCGUGCCAUAGAAAUCAUCUCCCCCACCGAUCCGGCGGAGACCAACGUCGCAUUCGACCUGGAGAUCACCGGGUCCCUGAGCACCGCCAUGGACAGGUUGGCGAAGGCGAGGGAGGAUGCCCGCAUCCUCCAUGACCAGAUCAUGCACCACAUGUUCACCAAGAGUAUUCCCGAUGCCGUCGUCUACGUGCUCGACAUCUACAACCGCGAGGGGGCGGCCAAGGCGAACGAGGAAGCGAAGAAGCUCGCCGCUCGCUACGACUACUCGGCGCGCGCGCACUUGACCCGCGCGUACAUCAGCUUGCAGUUCGCGCGCUGCCUCGACCCGAACAUUGACAAGAAGAUGUUUCUGAAUCGCGUCCUCGAUAUCUUGAACAAUGUGGUUUACAAGUUCCGCGAGUCGCUCGAGAUUGCCAUGUUCCGCGCGAAGCUCUGCUUCGUCCUGGAGAUGUAUUAUGCUGUGGAAGCCGAGUGCGACCGGGUGUUCUUGAUGGAGAAUCCUACUGAUCCCGGAGAGGAGGACGUACCUCCUGGAUCAAUCCCUGGAGAUAAGCCUGGAGAUAGGAAAUCUUUCAUCAGCAGAGAGUUGCAACGUUUACUCCAGAAACUUGUCUUGGCGACUAGAGAUUACUGGUGCUCCUUGACGGUCGAGAAGCAGGAGAGUUUUAGAGUUGUGGGACUCAAGUCUUUGCAUCAACACUUCGUUGAUGUCUAUGAACAUUUCCCAGAGGCUGCAAAGACCAUAUCUGAUGCACUCAAUUUUGUCAAGAAAAACCGUUCAUGGAGGUUCUGGAUUUGCCCCUAUUGUGUUGGCAAGAAGUUCCUGGGCAUUGAUUCGCUAGUGCAACACAUGCGCAACAAGCACCCCGAAGGGAAUUUCUGGCCGAAGCUACUGUCAGUUUUAGACCCGAGAUCAGUUUCUGAUACACCUGAGGAUGAUUAUUUAUUGGACAAUGUAACUAUCUCUCAAGAUUCAGAGGAGCAGUAUGUCUUCCGUUUCAAAAGGAUGGAUGAUAUUUUCAAAUUCUUGUUUCUUCGGGCAUCUAACAAAACUGAUGAAGAAAAGCAAUUGCCUGAAGUACGUGAGGAAAAAUGCAGAAAAGCAGGUUUUAUCCUUGAUAAGAUCAAGCUAAAUCUGAAGAAUGUCUCCACAGAUAAUUUAAGCACUGAGCUCAAAGAGGCUUGUGUGGAAAUCCGAGCCAUGUGGCAUUCUUUUCUUGAUAUAUCUCUUCUGGAUUAUGGUGUAGUCAUCUCACCGUUUGCAAUAUCUUUUAUAUCAGACCGGUUACUUGAAUGCAUGACUGAAGAUAAAAGGGCUGCCAAUAAUAGUAUUGAUGGUGCUGUUAUUGAUGCAGUAUUUCCUUUUGUUGAUGUCCUUCCUGAUAUUGAUGAAAUAUUCCCUAACGUUGAGGAUGUCCCUGACAGCAAUGAUGCUGAUACAUCAACAACAGUAACUUAUGGCCAAUCGACUGAGGAAAUGGAAAGCGCCACCAGAUAUCAAUGUUUCGAUGUUUUCAACAAAGAAAACACGGAUAAAGACCUGUUCAUCUUGUAUUUGAUCAUACAGUCAUUGUGGAAUUUGAGGUGCUUCAGAGAUGAGUUUUUAAGGGCACCACCUGCAAGGAUCCUACAUAUCAAUGAGAACUGCUGCAUUGCUGACCUAAUCUGUAGAAUCUUCUUUGCUUGGGAGAAAAAUGAACACAAUCAAGUGAAUGUUUUACUGACUUCUGUCAAGGCUAAUCUCUGUAAAAUUGCAGAUGGUAACAUGUUUGAGAAGCUGCAGGCUGGAAAAACUUUUGCUUCUGAGGUUCUGGCAACGAUUCUUCAAGGAUUGCACAUGUCAGAAACUCCUUUGCAUUUUGAUUUCAACAGUGAGAUUGAGGAUUUAGAAGUACGUCCUGUCAGCUGCAAAGAUUGCAUAUGCCGAACACAUAAUCUGUUUGGGAUCAGUUUCCAUGUGCAAAUGAGCUGCAUGUGUGGGAAGUGUUUUGAUGAGAAAGAACAUACUGCAAUUUUCUAUAGACUUGAUGCAGAUUGCCCUCAAACAACAGAGAUCAAAUCCUUUGCAGAUCUUCCGGUUAUAUAUGAGCAGCUAUGCUUUGAGGACAAUUGUGAGCAUUGUGGAAGUCUGAAGAACGUUGAUGUUUCUCCUUCAAGCACAUCACAUUGCUUUAUAAUAGGUUUAGACUGGUUUGGUGACUGUGAAAACAAGGUUCAGCUAUCUGAAGUUAUGGUUGGAAUUGCACAUCCCCUUGAUAUUAAACUUCUUUGCAAGGGUGUUCACUCCGCGGCAAACUAUUCUCUGGCCUCAAUGAUCACCUAUGCCGAUGGGCACUAUAUCUGCUUUGUUCGCGACCAGCAUAAAUGGCUCAUCUGUGAUGCCGAUACUGUUGUGGCUGAAGAUUCCUGGGAGCAGCUGCUUGAACACUUCAAAGACUGCAGGCUCCAACCUGAAGUUCUCUUCUUCGAGGUCAUUAAGUAGAUAAGAUGGAUUGCUUGGAAGAACCCUGUCAUAGAAUUGUAUUCGUAACUUUGAGUUAAUUCUGACAUUUGUGGAUAUCAAAGAAAGGCCUUCUGGUUGACCUUAAAAGAUAUGGAUAGGACGAACUGUGGAUUCAUGUCCUCUCAACUUGUAGUCCGCCCAACUUGUAUCAUGACAUUGCAUUGGCAAUUUCUUAAUGUCAUUUUAUUUCCUCAU